CUCCUUUUGCCUUGCAGCCUUUCUGCCUUUUUGCUGACCUUGCUUCUAGUCACCAUGUCAGUCUUCUGCUCAUGGCCAAGGUGGCUGGUUCUUGCUUGCGCGACGGUGGUGCAGCUGUCGCAGGGUCUCCAGCGCCUCAGCAGGACGGCGUUCAUGCCUCCCCUUCACGCCAUGCAGCCAGGGAGGAUCUCGGCUAACAUGCAUCGGAGGAGCCCGCACUGGCGGAUGGCAGCACCUGCUGCCGUGGCAGAAAAAACAGUCGAGGAGACCACGGUCAAGAGGCGGGCAGACAUACGCAACAUCGCCAGUAGGCCAACGAGCCAUGCACGCCACGCCCUGCUGACGUGACGCAUGCUACAUCUGCCUGUGUGUGCGGUUUGUGUCUGAGUGCAGUCAUCGCGCAUGUAGAUCACGGCAAGACGACACUGGUGGAUGCGAUGCUCCAGCAGGCGGCUGUCUUCCGCGAGGGCCAGCAAAUGCAGGAGCGCGUCAUGGACAGCAAUGACCAGGAGCGAGAGAGGGGGAUCACCAUUCUGGCCAAGAACACGGCCAUCAACUACAAGGGCACCAAGAUCAACCUCGUCGACACGCCAGGCCAUGCAGACUUCGGGGGCGAGGUCGAGCGGAUCAUGAAUAUGGUGGAUGGCGUUCUGCUGGUGGUCGACAGCGUGGAGGGGCCAAAGCCGCAGACACGGUUCGUGCUCAAGAAGGCACUGGAGGCGGGGUGCGAGGCAGUGGUGGUGGUCAACAAGUGCGAUCGGCCAGCGGCGCGCCCGGAGGUGGUGAUUGAGAGGACCUUCGACUUGUUCCUGGACCUGGAUGCGUCCGAGGAGCAGCUGGAGUUCCAGGCCAUCUACGCGUCGGCACUUAAAGGCCAGUCUGGGUGGGAGCCUGACCAGCUGCAGGACAACAUGGAGUGUCUCUUUGAGGCCAUCCUCAAGCUGCCGGGCCCGGUGGUCGUGGAGGGCAACCCACUGCAGAUGAUGAUCGCUAAUGUCGACUACGGUACACUCACACGCCGCCGCCACACCACUCGCGGCCCGCUGAUGUGUGUGUGUCAUUUGUGUGGCCCAUGCAGACACGUACAAGGGACGGCUGGCGAUCGGUCGCCUGCAGGCUGGCUCUCUCAAGCCUUCAAUGGGUGUGGGCCUGGCGCGGCCAGGGGAGGCAGUGCGUCGCGGGAGCAUCUCUGAGCUCUUCAUGUUCAACAACCUCGGCAGAACCGCUGUCGAGGAGGCGACAGCAGGUGAGAGGGCGGGGCACACACAGAUAACCGACGAGGGCAACCAAACACACGUCAUGUGUUUUGGUGCGUUGUGCAGGUGAUAUUGUGAUGUUUUCGGGUCUGAGUGACUUCACGAUCGGCGACACAGUGGUCGAUCCAAACAACCCCCAGCCCCUCGUCCCCAUCAAGGUGGAGGAGCCCACUGUUCGCAUGUCGCUUGGCGUCAACAAGAGCCCGCUCGUCGGGAAGGACCCCGACGGCAAGCUUCUCACCAGCGCGCAGAUCCGCGACCGACUCGUCAAGGAGCUUGACAAGAAUGUGGCACUAAAAGUGGAUUUUGAGGGCGGCGGGGGCGACUCGUAUGAGGUCUCGGGCAGAGGGCAGAUGCACCUGACCGUGCUGAUCGAGAACAUGCGGAGGGAGGGCUUCGAGAUGACGGUCGGGCCGCCGACAGUGAUCAUCAAGGAGAUCGACGGAGAGAAGUGCGAGCCGUGGGAGGGUGUGGAGAUCACGGUGCCUGAGAAUUAUAUGGGCGGGGUGGUGCAGGAGAUGCAGGUGCGGAAAUCCGAGAUGGUCCAGAUGCAUCCGGCCAACGACGAGGGCAACGUCUGUCUCGAGUAUCUCAUGCCCACGCGGGCGUCCAUCGGCCUGAGGAGCCAGCUCCUCACCCUCACCAGAGGCACGGCGCUCAUCGACUCGACGUUCGACUCUUAUCGCAAGGUAUAAGCGCCCACCACCAUACACACUCCAGACAGACAGGCAUGACAUCGCCAUCACUUGUGUGUCUCCUCCCUUCUUUAUCCGUUCAUCAGCUUGCUGGCGACAUCUCUCCUCGCGAGCGCGGCUCCCUCCUCGCCUCUGAGACGGGCAAGGCGACGUCCAACGGCAUCCUCAACGCCCAGGUGCGGGGCAAUCUGUUCGUCUCGCCCGGCACGGAGGUGUACAAGGGCAUGAUCGUGGGCAUGAACGCCAAGCCCGACGACCUCAAGGUCAACGUGUGCAAGGAGAAGGCCCUGACCAACGUGCGGUCGGCCACCAAGACCAUCACUGAGGGUGUCGUGCCGCCCAUUGAGGUCACACUCGACUCUGCCGUCGAGUACAUCGGGCCGGACGAGGUGGUCGAGGUCACUCCCAACUUUCUGCGGAUGGCCAAGAGGGACACGGAUGCCAAGAUCGGCAAAAGGAAAUAGCUAG